CCGCCGCGCGCGGAGCGGGGACGCGAGCCAUGGAGGAGACGCCGCCCCCGGGCUGCAGCAAGCCGCACCUGGAGAAGCUGACCCUGGGGAUCACCCGCAUCCUAGAAUCUUCCCCAGGUGUGACAGAGGUGACUAUCAUAGAGAAACCACCUGCUGAACGUCAUAUGAUUUCUUCAUGGGAACAAAAAAAUAACUGUGUGCUACCUGAGGAUGUGAAGAAUUUUUACCUGAUGACCAAUGGCUUCCACAUGACAUGGAGUGUGAAGCUGGAUGAGCACACCAUUCCAUUGGGCAGCAUGGCAAUUAACAGCAUCGCAAAACUGACUCAACUCAACCAGUCUUCUGUGUAUUCACUCCCAAAUGCACCAACUCUGGCAGACCUGGAGGAUGAUGCACUUGAAGCCAGUGAGAACCAGCCAGAGAAGCCUCACUUUGAUUCUCGCAGUGUGAUAUUUGAGCUGGAUCCUUGCAAUGGGAAUGGGAAGGUUUGCCUUGUCUACAAAAGAGGGAAACCAGCGUUAGCGCAAGACGCUGAGAUCUGGUUCCUGGACAGAGCGUUAUACUGGCAUUUUCUCACCGAUUCCUUCACUGCUUACUAUCGCCUGCUCAUCACGCACCUGGGCCUGCCGCAGUGGCAGUACGCCUUCACCAGCUAUGGCAUUAGCCCACAGGCCAAGCAGUGGUUCAACAUGUAUAAACCCAUCACCUACAACACAGACCUACUUGCAGAAGAGACCAACUGCUUCGUGAACAAGCUGGAUCCCAGCAAAGUGUUCAAGAGCAAGAACAAGACCUUAAUCCCCAAAAAGAAAGGGCCAGUCCAGCCUGCAGGUGGCCAGAAAGGGCCCUCGGGUCCUCCCUCCACCUCUAAAUCCUCUUCUAGCCCUGGAAACCCUGUCCGGAAGUGAGCACCCCAACCUCCCCGCCAGCCCUGCAGCAACAAUUUCCAUGCACUGAUGGCCCAAGCCUCAGAUUCUGUGAGUGGCACCAUAGGCCUUUUCCCAUCUGCGUGAGCCAAAUCCUAGGCCUUUUACUCCUGUUGGCAUUAGCCAGGAGUUCAGGGGCAUACUCAGGUCUCCCCCAGAGUCCUUUCCUCA